UCGCAGAGACAUGUGCGCUCGCUGUGCCAGCACACAGCUCCAGAUCGGCACGGCUGAUGCACAGACAGCUGCCGUUACUCCGCUCCCCUGACUAUUCUUUUUCAUUUCUCCUCCACACUGCCUCCAUUCAUCCCUGCUGUACUUUCCCCUUCCGUCCCUCCGCUCUGUCAUUCUGCCCUGCACUUUUCCUACAUAAAGGCAGGUCCUGUCGGAGACCGGGGGGGCUUGUGUAACUCGGGCCGCACAUGAGCGCCCGAGAGCCGUUGAUGCUUCCAGCUGGGAGGACCUGCACGCAGCCACGGGACAAACUGGAGUGAGGCGAGGAAGAGGGGAUAGCUCUGAGACAAGAAGAGGAAGAGGAGACAUCUGCAGCGGGCGAUCGGAGUUCAGGUGCAAAACCCAGACGAUGCUGAGUUCACUGGUGCUGCUGCUGUCCCUGCUGGCCCUGUCCACAGGAAGUGAUGCCAGAAGGAUCAGGAAGAGAGGACUCAACCACAAGGACUAUGAAUAUGCCAACCACCCCCAGUCCACACAGCACCAGAAGAACGACCGGUGUCCGCCGCCGCCCCAGAUGCUGCCGGAGAGGGCCUGCGAGGUUCCCGGCUGCCGCUCGGACUCCGAGUGUGAGCGCCAUAAACGCUGCUGCUACAACGGCUGCAUCUACGCCUGCCUGGAGUCGGUUCAGCCUCCUCCAGUGCUGGACUGGCUGGUGCAGCCGAAGCCUCGGUGGCUCGGGGGGAACGGCUGGCUGCUGGACGGUCCCGAGGAGGUUCUGCAAGCCGAGGCCUGCAGCACCACCGAGGAUGGAGACGAGCCUCUUCACUGCCCCACUGGCUACGAAUGUCACAUCAUCAACCCGGGAAACCCGGCUGCUGGCAUCCCCAACCGGGGACAGUGCAUCAAACAGCGCGGUAACUCUGAUGGACGAGGCUUGAGGCACAAAUACUAUAAUAAGGACUACAAGGACUACUUAGGUACCGGUUCAAACAAUGCAGUCGGAUAUGAAAAGCAUCACCACAAGCACCUGGGAUAAAGUAGAGCAACCUGAUCAGCUUCACCCUUGACCUCGACCCAACGCCUGACAUCAACACGGCCCUGUUUGAUCUGCUCACUCCUGAAUCCAGGUCCUCCUGACUCCUGCACCCACGGCCACAGCUGCUACCUCUCUACUCUCGCUGCAGUCCCAUCAUCAUGCAAACUCUGUCAGGGAGGCGGGAGACGCCCCCAAAGCACACAGCCAAAGAAAUAUGAGGGUGGUUCGGGUUUUUUUAGCCUCUCUGUCUGAUGAUUUACAGACGAAGGAUGGUGGUGGUGGUGGUGGUGGUGGUGGAAGCAGAGAAAAAGGCAGAAAACAAGGCAGCAAAGUGGUUUUACUAAAUAUCUCAAAAGAAAAAGGACACUUGUAGCUUUUCUCCCUCUCAGCCACAGAUGUAGUCUUUCACCUCAACACUGCUCGGCCGGUAAAAACAAGUCCAUGUGGCUGUCAGUAUUCAUUCUCUAAAAAAAAAAAAAAAAAAAAAAAAAA